AUGCCGGAGUGGCGCGUGGACAUCCACCGCAUUGGAGCUAGCGCGGCUGCAGUUUUAGGUGAUCCUGACCGUCUAGAUGCUGAACUGGAACCGCUGCUGAAGUACCUUGAUCAGGACGAUGUAUUGGUGGCUUAUGCUGCAAAGGAGGAGCUUCAGAAGAUACUUGAUGACGACAGGAUUAUUGAGACGCAAUGUGUGACUCGCGUCGUCAAAGCUAUCUUGACAACAUCAGAUGCAAGCUGGAGACGAGAGGCCAGUGGAUUCCGGUUCCAGUUGCUGCGGCAGCUACUGAAUGUGAAGACUGGAAACUCGUCAAAGGGGGAAGACCAGGAGCAUCGAGUGGAUUGUGGUGUGGAGUUCCCAUAUCUACAGGAGAUCACGGAAAAUGUUCAACAAGUGGGGAGCAUGGUGCGCAGUGUCUUCUUGCUAGUCGACCGCUCAGAACGAGGUGCGGAGUUGCUGCCACCGAUAGCUGCUCCUUGCUCGGUGCAGUACGAGGCGCUUGUGCUUAUGAUUGCUGUUGUCAAACGGAUCGGCAGCUCGGAGAAGAUCGAUUGCUUUCAAGUGGAAUUGAGCAAGGAAAUGAUUGUACUCGUAGACGACGUUUUCAUGGCGAUGGACUACGCUUCUCAACCGACAUUUGUAUCGUGCGCAGUCUUAAAGCUGCUUGGUGGUUUUCAGGAUCUCAUAAAUUCGUGGGUACGCCUGGCACAGACAGACGACGACGUUGGCUGUCUGAAAGCUGUGUAUUCCAAGUGGCUUGACAGGUGUUUCGCAUGGUCGCUGCAGUCAUCCUGCACGUCCACGGCACUGCAACUACUCGAUGUGAACGAAAAUGCAGCGACGACAAGCGAAUGCGCAUUCGUUACAAGCUCGGGACGGUACCCGUUCCUACAGCAGUGGCUACUUUGUGUGAGCCGAAUGGGAAUUGCAUAUAUGGAAGAGUCACUGCGGAAAAACGAUGCUGACAGAGACAAGUUGCGAUCAGCAACCAUGAGUGGUGAGUCGUAUCGCAUCACGAAAGCACAAGUCAGUCGAAAGCAACUCUUCACAGUAUUGGCUGAGCAAGAUGAUACCAUGAUAGAAGUUCUCAACAAUCUUGCACGGAUGACAACCUUUGCACGUAUCCCCAGCAUUGCUCAAUUGCGCCCAUCCUUCGCUGCUUACAUAGCAGCAGAAUUCGACCCGGACUUGCUCUUUGCUGAUCUCGUAGCGACGCUUGGACAGGAUCAUUUAGUGCUGCUUGACCUCCUCGUGUCAGAUGAAACUCAAAUGCUGGAGUAUAUCAUGCAAUACCUGCGACAUCUGGACACACAAUGGGGCACGAGUAAGCAAAAGUUGCAGUCUUGUCAGCGACUUGAAGGUGUGAUGGGCGUGCUUAUCCAACUACGGCUUGAAAUUGAUCGACUCGCUGCUGCUGAUUUGUUUCCCUACGGUGCGGGUCCUCUCACGAGGCGGUUACUAGCAAUCGAACAGCUUUACGAGGAAUCGGAGAGAUGA